AUGGAUAUUUGUGUAAUUACAAAAGCGGGUAAAAUGAAUGGAUACAUUGACCUUAUUAUUUCAAACUUAGAGAAAAAGGAAGCUAUAAAAGUUACAAGUUUAAAACAGGGAGUUAGUUUAGAGCAAUCUAACGCAUUGUCGGCGAAAUUAAUCAGCGUUGUCGAGGUCGCAAAGAGGAACUUCAAACCUGUACAUCAAUACACGAGAUUAGUUGAACAUCCCCAAGUCAGAAAGACGCUGUCUGUUACAGAAAUAUUAGAAGGGAAGAGUCAGAUGAUUUCACCACCAGCAACUAUUGAAGUCAUACUCAGCAGUCAACCAUUAGCACUCGAUGAGAGUGAGGGCUAUUCAUAUCAAACAUAA